CAAAAGCCACCCCUCCUCUCAUUUCCCUCCUUUCUCUCUCGUCUCAAACCCUUCCCUCUCCCUCUCCCUCUCCCUAUCCCUCGCAUGCUCCCCUAAACCCUAGCGUAAACCCUAGCAGCGACAACAACGACGACGACGACACCGUUGCCAUGGGGAAGUACAUGCGCAAGGCGAAGCUCUCCGGGGAGGUCGCGCUCAUGGAGGUCUCCGCCCACCAAACCCCGCUCGGCGUCCGCACGCGGAGCCGCACCCUCGCUCUCCAGCGCCUUCAAAAACCCUCCUCCUCUUCCUCCCCUUCCUCCCCUUCCCGUUUCCCUGAUCCCUCCCUUGCCUACCUCGAGCUCCGGAGCCGCCGCCUCGAGAAGCCCCCGCCGCCGCGGCCCAAGGAGGAGCCCAAGGAGCGGGGCGGGGCCAAACCCGCGGCGCCCAAACCGGUCGGGCGCGGCGUAAGGAGCGCCAAUUCAGGCUCGGCCGGGUCGAGCUCGGUCGCGAGGCUCGCCGCCUCGGCGGCGGCGGCGGCGGCGGAGGAGGAGGAGGAGGAGGAGGAGGAGGAAGAGGAGGAGGUUGAGGCGUCGUUCGGCGAGAACGUUCUAGACGUGGAAGCUAGGGACAGUUUCCACUGCUUGAGGCAGGGCCACUAUUUACUUGUUAUGAGUCCUAUCAGGGUUCCUUGGAUGACCCAUGCAAGACCAUGUGGGUCUUUAAGUUGCAUAUGUGACUUCUCAAGGGAUGUGAGGGAGUCAACACCUUGUAGUUUGAUAAGGGAUUCGGAUGCAAUAGGAACUCCCAGCUCUACAACGAGACCGACGAACUCGAGUGCUUCAAACCGCCGAGAGCGGAAUUUGCUGCAUCGAGCUUUCCCGACUGCCCUUGAGAUGGAAGAGUUUUUUGCUGAUGCGGAGAGGCUCCAACAGCAAAUAUUUAUGGAGAAUUUGGUGGAAUUAUAUUUUGUAGGUACAACUUUGAUCCGAUAAACGACUACCCGCUCCCGGGGAGGUAUGAAUGGGUGAAGCUGGAUUACUAGGGCUUGAAAUCUCAAAAUCUUCAUCUGGCAACAGUUUCUUUCCCUUUCUCAACCUCUCCAAUUGUCCUUAACUUCUCCUCUCUGUGUUGUAAAAAUUUAGCUAAUCUAACUAGUUUGUAGCCUCUAAUUAUCUGUACCAUAGAGAAUUGGUGAUGAGUUGCACCUUGGAAAGAAAAGAAGGACAAAACAAAAGGAAAAAAAAAAA